CUUUGCGCAGUCGCUCUAAAAUCUGUCGAGCAAGUGUUUGAAUAGACUCAACAGCAAAAUUAAGUAGCGAAUGAGAACGAAAAAAGAUAGCGCGUGCAUCGCGCCCAGAAGAUCGCGUGACGUCUCGUCACCGAUACACGGAAGCGAGGCAAAUUCAAACUGACCUCAGGCGCCAUGAUAAAGCAGCUUCCUGCGCACAUCCACGAACUUCAUAAUGCAAAAACAUGACAAGCGAGCCCGAUAUAGACCACAAAGUAUGGUCUACUGUUACUGAAGAAGAUUUACUGCUUGGUAACGGACUUAGGCAGGUUUCUGGCUUAAUUCAGACACCAGGCCUCGAUUUCUCUGCGUUUGCGGAUUGCGAGUUUCGUCUUGACCCGUCAUGGAUUGCUGAUCUUGGCAAGAAAUUGCUUCUAGCUUGUGGUCCAGAACAUAGUUCCUAUCACCAGUAUUUCUCUUAUAGACAGAAGGCUUUACUUGAAUACUGGCUAUCGUCUUUGAAGGCCUCCGCGCUCAGAGACCGUGGGAAUAAUUUUAGAUCUGAUGACAAUAACAGUGAACAACUACAACAUGAGCGCGAGGGAGACAAAUCCAAAAAUUCCUUCACCUCACAAGUUAGCUUGUUAUUAUUGCUACCACUGCUCGAAUCGCAGAGUCGAACCGACCCCGCUUUAUCUUCUAGCUGCAUAGACUUGCUGAUAAAUUUUCUAGCGGAUUGUUAUCCAAAUUCCUUGCGUCAAGAACCCAAAAGUUGUCUCGAUGGAUUGGAGAAGUUGUUGUGUACUUGGCUCGAAAGUGGAGAUGGCCAAAGAAAAAAUACUAACAUAAAUAAAGAAAAAGUCGUGUCGGCUUUGAUAGCACUUGCAUGUGGAAGGCUUUCUCUUGGAUGCUUCAUUAGACUUCUUCAAAUUCUUCAAAAGACAAAGUCUGUCCUAUCCUCUAUCCCUGGGAGAGGCUUCCUGAAACGCGCUAUUGAAUACACAUGCUCAGGUCUACUCCUUUGCCCCUCCUUUCUGCAAACUUCUUACUAUCUUCGUUGCUGGAAACCAGAGUUACCAUCUUUGAGUCCUGAUGCAUCGGCCUCCUGUAAAUGCCCAAGUGUGGCUUGUAAUGGGAAGUAUAUAUACAUGACAUGGCCAUCCAGGAAAGGGUUAUUCAAAGUCGGCACUGGCAAGCAGGGUACAAUAAGGGGCAACAUUUACACAUCGAAUCCUGGUCUUGCUGAAGGAUGGGUGGCAGUGAACAACAAGGUGGUUUUUCGUCCAGAUAGUAUGGAUUCGCUUGGCAAAGAACAAGUUGGCUUUUUACUGGACCCAUUAGGGUUAGAGGUGGAGUAUGAGGUCAGUUUACGAGACAAGGAGAUGUUGGAAUCAAUCCCAAGCAAGCACAAGACUCUUUUACUGACUAGUAAUGGUACUCAUUUCUUUUGGAUCUUUGAGAGUACUACCAAGUGCUCAACGGAGGGUUCAACCACUGCCAUCCAUGUUCUUAAAUUUGUGCUAAAGAUCUGUGAUCAGCCUGGGAAAUCUGCAGUGGCCGUUCCUGUUGGCCGUUUGGUAACACUAAGAGCAAAGAAGCAAGAGACAAGCAUGGAGGUUAACUCCCAUGUGUCCAAGAACCUGGAUGGUGAGAAGGUACUUGCAAUGAUCUUAAAAUCUGCAGAGAAAGUACCCCUGUACAUCAGUAGCGACAUGGUUAUCUUUGUCCUGCCAAAUUACUCCAAGGUUGACACCAUGACAACCCCAGGACCUUUAAGGAUACACUCUAAGAACCCUGUUUGUUGCUGCUUUUCAUUGCUGGAUGGCUCAUUUGUGGGUGGUCAGAGUAUUGUGGACAGUAACGCAGCAGUUUGGCAGAACUUAGUAGUCACUGGAAUAGGUAUUUGCUGUGACCAGAGCAAUGGUCUUAUUUAUGCAUAUGGCAACAACUGGGUGAGCGAGUGGGCACUUGGAGGGAUUCCAAACAUGAAUUCCAUUGAAGAAAGACUUUGUUUAACUGAAAACACAACUGUGACAUGUGCUGACAGUGAUGAUAACAUGAGCGCUGAUGUUGCCUUGUCAUCAGUGGUGCUAAUAACAGGUCUGCUGUGCGGGGCUCUGGACAACAAACUGAACACUCCUAAUGGCCACUGUAACAUAGAGGCAGACAAGUUUCUCAAGUCAGACUUUCUCACAUUGUGCUGUGCAGUGCUUAAGAAUGCCCAGGAGGCCCAUGUUGUGCUGUGCAUGCUGACUGUUAUACGCCCUGUGCUAAGAUUGCUCAUUAUCAAAGGCAUUAACAUGGACAAGCUGCUUGCAGAAGAUCUCCACUCCCAAGUACAGGCUUUGAUGUGUUCUGAAGACCUACGGCAUGAGAUAAGGGUGGAGGCUUGUCGGCUACUUGUUUGUGGCGUGCCAGUCUUCUAUCCCAGUAGGGUUGAUCAGGGUGGUCUGGUAGUCAGCACUCUGGAAGAGACAAUGAAUGUAAUGUCAAUGCUCAAGCGAUAUCUUUUUGAUGACAUGACUUGGAAGAUAAUCCAUGGCUCUGGAUCAGAUAUGAUAAACUUAAAGCUGGCAGAUGAUCUGGUCUCUAAGAUAGUCCAAGCUUGUGUCAAAGAGGAUUGUGAGGUCAUAGAGAAGUGUGCUACUCUGAAUAAAGAGGACUUUAAGAACUUUGCAGCUGUUCAUCCAGAAGUCCCCCCUGUACAGAGGUUCUUAACAGCACUAGUGACAAAGAGCUGGAGAGACAUCACCCAUGGCCAGCAAGAUACUUCGGAUCACAAACAUGAGGUGGAGGCAUUGCUCCUUGCUGUGCAGAUAUUCAAUGGAUGUCAAAAGGUUUUAGAGGUUGCUACUGAGGUAAUCCAAAAGCUGUGGGUUGUACAUGAAGUGCACCGGGUCCAGGUUGUGGACCGUGUCAUCAAGGCAUCACUGGUUGGCCAGGUCAUGCCAUUACUAAUGACUGUCAUGUCCACCGAGCAAAUGCUGAGUAAGCCACUCACCAAGAGAUUCCUGGCAAAAGUGAUCAAAGCUUCGUUGGCGGCCACCACAGCUGCUCAGUUGUACAUCAAGGCAUCAAGGUGGCCCGGCCGCAGUUCUGCUGCACCCCUGUCAUCCCUACCCCUCCCCACCCCCUGGGCUGCUCCGCGUGUCGUUGAGACAAUCCACCCAUUACCUGAUGAUUACAAGCUAAAUAGGACUGUCGCCUUCCCUGGCGCAAACUCCUUGUACUUGACAUUUGAUAGCAGAUCUUCAACACAGUAUGAGUAUGACAAGGUGUGCGUGUACUCGGGACCAAACACCAGUUCACCCAAAGUCGGCGAGUUUGGAGGUGGGAGCUCUAGUGGAACUGGUAACAGAGGAAAGCUACUUCGGCUGGGAUGGCCUAAAGAAACUCUCAAGGUACAAGGUGACACUGUUACGCUCAACUUUGUAGCGAAGAGCGCAAGAGAGCUGAACACAGCCGACGAGGCCGUCUGGGGGUUCGCUUGCACCAUCAGCUGUAAGGAGAAGGACAACAAUGAGGUUGUUCUCCCUUGCCUUGCGGACGUGGCGUUUGGUCUCUCCGUGCUCACACACAAACUGUUAACCCUCAUGUACAAAGGUCCCCCUAUCACGGAAGAAGAGGAAGCUUGCGCGCACUUGCUCAACUCCCAGCUGCUGCAAAGGUGCACUUGGUCCAAACCCACGGAGUCGGUGUCACAUGAUGCUGAGGCAAGUGGUAUCAAGAUUACCGUAACCCCUGAGCAAGAUAAGCCCUCCCUCGGACCAUCAGCAUCCUUCAGCCGCCCUAAGCUACCAUCAGACGUCAUAGCGCGUCUUCGAACCGCCUCAGGGGUCUCUGAACCGUCUCUAAGGCCGAGCAUCGGACAGGCCCUCCAGCCCGACCUCAUACACGAGGUCAUCAUUAGUGCUGUUAUAAGACAUCUUAACCUCGUUGAGCUGGUGCACGACAUGCAGCUCCUUAAGGCAAGUGACAAUUCAAGCCCGGACUACAACCACCUUUGUGAGGUAAUGGCCGAGGUCUUCCGGCGGACGGACGGGUUGGUGCGUCAGCUGCAGAGUAUGGUAGAGCUUGAGCUGCGCUGGGACCAAGAGCUAAGGGAUGUGCACCAGGGAGAACUUCACCCCAGUAUGGCCUUUUUUAACGAGCACCACCUACAAGAGGCAAAGGCUAAGGAGCUAGAAUUACUUUGUUACCUGAAGGAUGUGAAAUUUGAUCCAAUUGAGCAGGAGAAGGUUGUUGGGGAUCUAAUUCUCAAGUUUGAGAACGAGGCAAAGAGCAUCGAGGAUGCGUCUGUUGGAGAUGGUCUACUUGCACGCAUGCCCAAGACCAGAGCUCUGAGGCACUCCGUGAUCGAGUGUGCGGAACUGCUGUGCAAUGUCACCAUUCAGUUGUCCGAGAGGAAGAAUCCCCCGGGCCGCAGCGUGUCGCAAGGGACGUUUGGCUCACUAACACCGGAGUUGACAGGCAAUUCCAACUCGUCACCGUCUUUUAUUCGCUCCUUGUCGGCCCCAGACCAGCUGCACAAGUCCAUCUCAGUACAGGAGGGCAUCCCCGACCUGCUCCGCCUGCAGAGGUGGAGAACAGCCAUCCAGAAGAAGACCCACCCAUUCCCUGUAAAUGAGCAGUACCAUGGGGAGGAGGACAGGACGUUUGUCGCUACCAUUAAUGAGAUCUUCGCCUUCAUCGGCAGUGACCCGGACACAGCCGAGACGUGCUCCAGCUUUCUAUUAGCUGCGCGUAUGCGUAACGAGAGGGGUCGAUCACGUGUUGAAGCCUUGUCACACAUGAAGGACAUGGUGUCCAAGUGCUGCCAGCUAUCUGACCACGUGCCCCAUCUGCUAACGGCCGUGGCCUCCGUGAUAUCACAGGGACCUGGGGUGGAGGAAUUGGCGUGUGGCGGGAUGGUAUCGGAAGUGCGUGAUGCAUUCUGCGGUGUAGUACAAGCCUUGCUGCAGCGCGCUGCAACCAACCCUGUCAUCUUCAGCAACAGUGUCGUACUUAUGUGCACUUGCCCUUUCUCUUGGAACGAGGAGCGGUGUUUGGUUCGUAGCGGCCUCCUCACGCUCUUGGACAAGUUGUGCGCGUUACGCCGUGACCGUGACGCCGCGUCACGCAAGGUGUCUGCUAUGGCGUGGGCGAGUUUCCAGGUGCUGCUUAACUGCCUUGUGGAGUGGGAAAAUGAUGGAGGUCACCGUUCAGAUGAGAUCGAGUGGUCAGGACUGGCGUAUCAAGUCUCUAUGCUGAUCACUAACUAUCUAACGGUGGUACUGAAAGAAACGCAUCGAGACGACAAGGACGCAUUGCAAUACGUGCUGCAACUUCUCCAGAAGAUCGCCAGGAGUGAGAUGGGAAGGGCGAUUCUCCAGCAGCCCUGUAUCGCCUCCACUCUACUGUCCAUUUUCCUGGAUAGCCACGCCCCACCCAAACUUGUGCUUUCGGCCCUGGGGCUAUGUAGGGUUGCGUUACCACUAAUGACGGCUGAGGGAUGUGACGAGGUGGCGUUACCAACAUCACGCAGCAACCUUCCGUCACCUGAUGACCUAGGAAAGGGGACACCUGUACUUGAAGUAGCCAGCCUCUUGUUGACCAAGCUUGGAGAGUUUGUUCUGCCUAGCGCUGGCCAUGAAGGUGACAGAGAGGAGUACGUAGAGGGAAACCCAAAGCUGAAGGACGAAGAUAGUUACACCGUGGAUGAAAAUACGGACACAAGCGCGCGACUGUACUCUCUUUGUGUACAUAAGAGGAGCGAUCAACCAGCACAUGAGGUCGUACAGAAAAUAAUCAGUCGCGAGGGCCAGCGUUUCAUGUUCAGAGUAGGCCUGGGCUCCGAGGUUGAGCGCGCAGUCCGUAUCGACCAUGAGUUGAGCCAGUCUAACCGCGCGGAGAUAAUGAAGGGCAAGUUCACCACGUGCCUGGCUAAGGGGACCGCCCUAUGCCGAGAGGGUCUAGUCACCAGUAUCGUCCCGUCCUCAGUGCUGCAUGGUGACAAAAGCCCCGAGGGGGUGGAGGGAGGGGGAGAGCCUGAUCUGAUUUGCAAAGCCCGGAAUGUGGAGUUAGCGAGGGACACUGGUCGCUUGUUCAUCAAUGGCCAGGUGGCCAACACACUGGCAUCGGAGGUGAUCUCCCUACUUCACAGUUUGUUGUCAUCCCCAGACGUGGGCACCAGCAGGCUAUGGACGCUAGCCAUCCAACACGUGCUCACAGGCGCGCUCGAAUUAGUUCCCGAAGUGAUUGAGUCCCUUGGCGACCAAAUAGAGCGAGAGCCAGAGGAAGGACCGUCCACUCUCACGGGGGGGUCCCUGUCGAUGUAUCGUCAGGUUAUGGCGGCGCUAUGCACGCUGGGAGGAUUCAAGCAAAAGUUGCGGCCCGGUGCACAGGCUAAGAUAUGUGGUGAGGGCAUGGCUCAGCAGCACUGUGAGGUGAUCAGCAUGUCCGAGGGAACAGCCUCGGUCAUCAUCUUUAGUCCUGAGGGUGGCGCUCAAGGUGACAUCACCCUAGAAGUACCAAUAGCUCGCCUACAACCUGUACAGGAACAGGUUAUUCUGUUGGAUAAACUUGGCGAUAUGGACGUCGCGAUAGAAGCUCUACAUGUUGUACUGUCUGCAAGGAAGCUAACACGUUCAGUAACGGCUAAGGAAGGCCCUCACGAUAUCGCUCGUGGAAUGGCAGCGGAGAGGACACUUAGUGAGAUUAAAACGAGGGCCAGCAUGGUUCUCGCAUCCCAGAUGACUUCACCAGCCUUUUGUGAGGCCUUUUCCUGCCAUCCACUCCGCCCGGCCCAGGCUCUGAGAGUCCUAUCUGAAGACAGCGACCCCGGGCAGCGACUGCCCGUAUUAGAGAGCCACUGUGAUGAACUGCGCAUGUUCUACAAGGACGCAGCACCGGUAUCGCGGCAGAUGGUCGCGUCCAGCAAGAAGAUUGUGCUGGAUUCUACCAGGCAGUACCCGCCCAUACAGGGCGUCAUGUUCACGGAAGGGUACACGUCCGCCCAUCUCCUGGCAGAUUCCAAUCCGGGGCAAGCUCUGCCGCGGGGUGCUUAUGUCUAUGCAUCCAGCCCCCUGCCACUUAAAGCGCCCUCGUACUACUGGGAGGUAGAGAUCGUUUCCCUCGGCGAACAGGGGACUGGUGACUAUGGCGCUGGCAUCCAGGCCAUCUCUGUAGGACUUGCGCCCGCGCAGCAACCCGUGGACAGGUGGUCUAGCCCGAUCGGCACAUGCGUAUUACACGACAAUGGCAUUGCUGUACACUACACUGAAGGGGGAUUCACAGCGUGGCAGACCAUUAACACCGAGGUCUCGCUACUCAAGGGUCACGUGAUUGGGUGUGGCUACUCCCGCACGGACUCUCGCUCAGACACUGGGCUUGUAUACUUCACACAUAAUGGUCAGCGGUUACAUGGUAGCCUGGGAAACGUAUCGGCAGGCUUGUGGCCGGUUGUUCAUCUGCAGAAAAAGGAUGUUCGGGUUCGGGUGAACUUCGGCACGCGUCCGUUCAUGUAUGCCAAGGGCGGGAAGAUCCGAGCCGCUGCCGACCUUGCGUCCGACUCCACAGAGGACGUACGGGAGAGUUUUGCCGAACUUCCUUUCGCUUUCGACGAAGGGGAGGACUGGACUGGACUCGCUGAGCCCGAGGAAAAAGGGAACAGUCCCAUAGUGUCCUCGCCUAAGAGCACUCCUACUCCACUUGAUUUGCGCGAUACUACGGAGCUCAGAGAUUACGACCCUACUGCGUCUGCGCAUUACAUGCUGUCCAGCAGCUGUGACGUCAUGUCUAAUGUCGGUCCGCCAUCCCACAUGUUUGAGGAUGAGCCGAGAAUUGAGUCUUGUGGCUCUACUACUCCUGUUGACCUGUUGGUGAAGGCUUGGGAGGACAGGGUGUUUCCUGUGAUAAGGCGACGCUUCCGAAAUGAGGCUGACAGGAGAUCGGGGCUCGACCAGAUACGAGGGGCCUUGACGGCAGGCCUGAUGGAGAUUGCGGUUGCGACCGUGAGUGACCUGUACGAGGAUAAUGGGGGCAUCCCCACCAGCCUGACCUUGCCACGCCCUGAGGACGUGCAGCGAGACGCCAACAAGCUGACCAUUUCUAACAUCAAACAGGGCAUGUCCGUCCUCAUUGCUGACCGGACACCAGAGACCGACCGGACACCGGCCUACGCCAUUCCCGCCAUGAAGAAGACCUUUGGUCUGGUUGGCAUUGUACAAGCAUUUGAAAAGCCCCCACUGAGCAUCGUUGAAGUAGAGACGUAUAACCAUGAGGAAGGAAUACUUAUGAGGUUCUGGUACCCGAUCAGUGCGUUGGAGAGGGCGGGCGUGGCACGGGGUAGGGGUGCAGUAGUGCCAACUGGUGACAUGGCGGACAGUGAUCUCAGUAUGCAUGACGAGCUGCUGGGAUGCGAGGUGGCUCUAGCGCGGCUCUACUGCAGGGCCGCUCAUACUGAGCUACAGAGACAACUACUGCUCCAGCAGGGAGAUGUGGAGGAUUCGUAUAACGAAAUAUAUUAUCUGCAAUCCCUGGCUGCCCAUAGCCUCCUGCGGCCCCAGGAGGAUGGUGGGAUAUCCGUGACGUCACCUCAUUCGGUCUCGACACCACGUGACUGCCUCUCAGCCAAUAACAUUCGACCAAGUGCACUUUUCUACUCAAAUCCUGGCAAGCUAAGAGCCGCCUUCCAACCCCUGGUUACUAGGCAACAGGGUCUAACCAUGGUAACAGACAGCAUCUGCCACGCCCUGCGUGUCCCUGUUCAGGGGGUGUGGCAUCGGGAAAUCGUUGUAGGCCCAAGUGCUCAGGGUAUCACGAUGUCAGAGUCUUGUCCCGGAGCUGCCAUCAGUGUUGUGUCGUGUCGCGCGAACCCGUCCUACCUUACUGUUGGAUGGGUGAACAGCCGAAGGCCGCUGGUAACGAUCCUGUGCCAAUACGGUGCUUGUAAGCUCAACAAGAAUGGCAAAGUGGCGCGCUACAAAGCCGUACAAUACCCGUUCAUUGAUAAACCCCUGGCGAGCUCAGGAGACCCAGGUACCUACUGGACUGACAUGUACCCCUCGCGCAUCCUGCCUUGCAACACCCUUGACGUACGAGUGGAAGAUGGGGCCGUGGAUGGACCAAUCGUGGACGUUCACUUCAUCAAUCCUGAUGUCCUCUUCGCUUUAGUGUUCAUCGAGGUGUUUACGGACUGUUUUCAGUGGCUGCCAGAAGAAGCUGAUGAAAAAAUAAGCAGAUCAACUGUCUUGAAUAUCCUCGAAAUUCUCACGUGUUUCUUGUUGAAGACCGCCCUCCCUGCUAUACUUAGAGAGUCCAUAUUCCAUCUUUUGGCCGAGCUCCUACGCGCAAGCCACAAGCUUGAGGUCCGUGCGGGGACUGUGUUGUCUCGCGAGUACACGGCGCCACUAACCCUUAUACUGACCCGCCUUUCGCCGCUGCGCACCGAGCUUCAAAAGCUACUGGAGAAGGAGGUUUCUGCGACGACCACCUCGGCUCUAGAUUUUGUUCUUAAGUGUAACUUCGAGAAUGACAAGUUCAGCUCGUACCUGCAGGCCUUGUUUGAGCUGGUGCUGGCAACGGCGGAGGUUACUCCUCAUGGGAGGGGACGGAGCGGGUCUUUGCGCGAACGACAGGGGUCAAUCACCGAGGCCCUCUCUCAGGCAAGCUCUGCCGAGUCCUCUCCCACAGGAGCCCAACAUUUCGAGUUCAAAACCGAGAACGCCCCUAGCAAAGAUACCAAAGAUGCCCCCGUAAGUAGUCCACCGCCGACGUGGCACCUGCGACGGCGACAGAGUCUGAGGAAGAGAAAACGCGCUAUGAACGUGCCCGAGGUACUGUCCCCCACGGACAGCAUGCCGUGGUUCGACACAGUGCUAUCAAGCGUUUUACUGCUCCAGCACCUAUUAAACCCAGACGACAAUAGAGGGGUGAAUAUUCUCAACGAGAGCCUCUUUGGUGUGGUCUCCCAGAAAUCGAGUGUGCUUCAGAGGUUACUGGUCAUCACAAAUAUCCCUAAGACACUAAGCAAGCAUGAAGCGCUAAAUGCGAUCAAGAAAGCUUGUAAGCCAUGUGGAGGAGUCGUCAUGGAGAGUCUAUACUUGCCUGAAACUACAUCACCAAAAAAAUCGCCAACAGACGCGGAGAGCAAAGAGACGCUGGCGGAUCUUCGAAAGUUUCUUCCCAGUGCUCAGACCUACAAACCAGAAGCGAUCAAAGGCAACGCGGUGGUCGAGUUACAGAGUGGGAGUCAACUAGAUCUAGCGCGGCAGAACCUUGUGUCGAGCAAGACUUUGAGACCCUCUGGUCAAGAGGAGGUCGGGAUAGCGAGGGUCAAGUUGGACCUACUCAUGGAAGGAACCAAUGAACUUGUGGCUUUCGCGGUAUUUGACAGCUAUAUGUGUUCUCGGCUGUUUGAGGAGAGAAGACUUAAACCUCAGGCAAAGGUAGUUUUAGCGGAGAUCUUCAUGAGUUGUGUCAAGUCUACAACUAAUACUCUGUUUAGCGGCGAUGGCGGAGAGCAACGGAGGGCCAAGUCUGUAUUUGACAAAACAAGUAUCAGACCCGCAGAUGUGCGUUCCUGGGUAAAGGAGAUGGUCGAAGAGGCGUUGAAUGAUCCCGAUGAUGCUCUGGACAAUGUUUGUGUAGACGACCCGUCCAAACGAAACUGUAUUCAAGUACGUCACCGUGACCAGUUGAGUCACACUCUACAGUUCGUCACGGAGGAGCAGAUGUGUCACGCAACACCGGGCAACCUUCUUGCCGUGUUCAUGGCGACGGUAGGCGCGGAGAGGCAGGAGUCGCUCGAGCUAGCUUGGCAGGUUCUGAUGGAGCAUGGGCUGGUUGUGUCUCAAGAACAGGGAGAGAUAGUCCUGUGUCUUACCAAGGGCGAGUUCUUGCACUGGGUCACGUGUCUAGGACCCGGGAGCUCCAGGCUUAUAUGGAAAGGGCUGCUCGCGUGUGGAUACGACAUAAGUCUCGAGAGGUGCACGUUCAUCUCGCCCGAGGAGGUUGUGGAGGAUAACAAGCGAUGGUCUGUGGCUAAAGAUGGGAGUCUCAUCCAGUUUGUAGACUCUCUGUGUCUGGCAAUGUCGAGCUCUCCAUCGCGUCUCUGUCCCGACGAGAUACACAUCAACGAUGCUGACAGGUCUAGCGAGGUCUUCGGCGUUCUUAGGGAUCACUCUCUGACGAGUAUUCGCUCUCGGUUCGCGUUUCUUAAGACCUUGAACCAGUCGAUAGAGCAGCUUGUGCUUCCGCUGACAGAUAUGCGCACGAACGCCACGCACCCGCUCAGCACGGCGGCCCUUCUGCAUAGCGCCAGCACCAUCCUGUUUUACGAUACAAAGAUGGCUUUCCUGAAGAGAAUGCUUGACCAUUCAAACCAUCGUGGCUCGUCCUACAUAGCCCCAGAGUUAUCACUUGACCCGCUAGAGACGAUAGAGGUAGACAAGCCAGCUUCUUCGGGGCAGUUCCUACAGGCUGCUAAGGGUUUGUCGUCCGUCACGUCGGCGGGCCUGCGUGUGAAAGUCGCUACUGGUGGAGACCCGGUUUUUCCGCUGAGGGUACACCUGAGAGGCGAGCAAGUGCUCGGAUCUGGAGGGUCGUUUCGUCACUUCAUGUGGUUGAUGGCUCGUGAGCUGCAGAGUCCACUCGUGGACUUAUUGAUGCCUUGUCCCAGCGCCGCGGCCAACAGGAACAAGGGAAAGUUCAUACUAAAGCCAGGACCGAUGACGUACUCGGAUGAGAAGCUUCUGAUCUUCUUUGGUCAGUUGCUCGGGAUUUCGCUUCGUUCGGACAUCCCCCUCGCCGUGGACCUGAUGCCAGUGUUCUGGAAGAGCCUUUUGGGUCGACAACUGGAUGCCAAAGAAGACCUCCGCGCCACUGACAUUCUUACCUAUAACUACCUGCGAAGAUUCUCAGAGAUCGAAACAAAGGAAGAAUUCGCCACGCUGUGUUUCGAGGCUGACCUGUGCCCGUAUUACUUCGUCUACACGUCCCUGCCCGGGGAUGAAGUGGAACUAUGCCCUGAUGGAGCUGAUGUGCCGGUAACAUGGGAGAAUCGCCGGGAGUACGUGGAUGCCAUUCGCGCUUUAAGGUUGAGCGAGCUGCGCUGCGAAGCCCGCAUCGCCGCGGUACAAUGCGGACUGUACUCGGUCGUACCGCUGCACGUGUUAGCGGUGCUGUCACCUGCAGACCUCGAGACCCGUAUGUGUGGGAUACCUACGGUGGACCUGGACUUCCUUAAGGCCCACACCACGUACGUCGCUGGAAUAAAGGACACUGAUUUACAUAUUGAAUAUUUCUGGAAUGCUCUAGAGAACUUCUCUCAGGAUCAGCUGCGGAAGUUUAUAAAGUUCGCUUGUAACCAGGAGCGACUGCCAAUUCGCUGUUCGUGUCAGGAGGGAAACUCUUCAUCGGUACAUGUUCCCCCGUAUCCCAUGAAGAUUGGACCUCCAGGUGGCAGGGGUCGUGCUGACUCGCGGUACAUCCGCGUGGAGACAUGCAUGUUCAUGAUCAAGUUGCCGCCAUAUUCAACCCAGGAAAUCAUGACAAGCAAGCUUCUCUACGCUAUAAACUGUCGAGAGGACCCCCUCACCGACCUUUAGGCCGGUACUGUGCCACGUUAACCCAUAUAAUAUAACUCAUCAAUGCACAAUGCAAACAUUCGGUUUUCCAAAAUCUUAUUAUAGCUGCUAAUCACUACUGUGCCAGGCAAGGCGUUACAUGAACACGUCUUUUCCAUCCGCUGAGGGCUGUCGCAUUUGGAAAGGUGAUCUCGAACAAAUUGGUGUCUGCGCCUUACUGUUACCUGGCCCCAUAUAUAGGAUAUUUUGGGGCAGGACGAAAUUUUCCACCAAGUAAUGCAAGUUGCAGAUUUUACUUUAUUUUGAUUUUUGUUUUCUGAUAUGUAAGUAGCAAUCCGUGGGCAACAUCCGGAUCUUUGUAAAUACACCUAUUCGUCUGAAGCUGCUUCGGUCGCUCAAUUUCGCAAAAAUAAUAUUUACACUUCGCAAAUGAGAUGUACAGAAUUUUUCUAUAUAAUUUAUAUGCAUUGACCACGUGAAUGUGGACAUGAAUGCUUUUUAUAUCAUUUUUAAUAGGAUUUGGUAUUAAAAUUAUCUUCUAGCUUUA